AUGCGAUUCAGCAAUCGACUCAUCUCUUCAGUUUCUCUUCUUUCGGUCAUUUCUUCCGUAGGUGCACUCGCCUCUCCGCCACCUAAAGCGAUCACCGUUGGCAAAAACGGUAAAUACGCCAGCUUAUCGCAGGCCCUUGAAGAUACCUCGGGUAAUAUUUACUUUGUCUAUGCGGGUACAUAUACCGAGCAGGUAAUUAUUGACCGCCCUAACAUUAAGGUCUACGGCCAAACUUUCGAAGAUGAUUUAACUUACGCUUCAAACCAAGCAACUAUUACAAAUAAUGUACCAGCCUCAACGGCAGGUAGUAACGAUGCAAGCGGCACCAUUCGUAUUCGACCCAGUGCCACCGGCGUCAGCAUUUACAAUUUGAAUGUCGCCAAUACAUAUGGCAAGCCUGUUGCCCAAUCACAGGCCAUUGCUCUCUCGGUCCAAGCAGGUCAAUUUGGCUGCUAUGGCUGCAAAAUAGCUGGGUAUCAAGAUACACUUUUAGCUAACGUGGGCGCCCAGUUCUAUGGAAAGAACUUCAUUGAGGGAGCCGUCGACUUUAUAUUCGGCCAGCGGGCAUCAAUCUGGGUCACCGAUUCAACGUUAAACACCAUAGGUGACGGCUAUAUCACUGCAUCGGGGCGUUCGACGAACGACAACACCUACUACGUCAUCAACAAUAGCAAGAUUACUGGGAAAGGAAAUCAGUACUUAGGACGGCCUUGGAGAAAUUUCGCUCGUGUUAUUGUUCAAAAUACCAACAUUGGCUCCCAUGUCGUUGCUGCAGGGUGGUCCCAAUGGUCUACCUCGACCCCAAACACCGAUAACAUACUAUUUGGAGAAUACAACAAUUCUGGUGAGGGCUCAUGGAAGACCGGGCGAGCCCCAUUUGCUACGAAGCUCUCCGCUAGCAUUUCCAUUUCGACUGCUUCGGGAAGCACCAGCUGGAUAGAUUCAGCAUAUCUGUAA